AAACAGAACACGACCGGAACGAACCAAACCGGCCAUCUCUCUCACGAUCCACAUCCCCUUCCCCGCUUCCCCUUUCUCAAACCCUAGUGAUUGCGGGCGGCGGCGACGGCAGAGAACCUGCUAGCGGCGGUGGAGAUUCGGUGUUAUGGAUGGCGGUGGUGUUGAGGAUGGGGAAGGUGCUACGGAGGAAAUCCAGUGCGUGGCGGCGGAGGGGUCCGACCUUGGCGCUCCCGCGGAUCCGGGGAUGGCGAGCCUUGGCGACGGCUGUGGUACGGAGGGGUCGGGCCAGCACGCGGCUACGGCUACGGAGGGGUUGCGUCAGCGCACGGCUUCGACGGGAGGCGGUGUCUCAGCUGUAGCAAUCACGGUCCAGGGCGGGGCAUGGGCUGAGGGCUCGACCGCCGGCGUGGCUGGAGGCUCAGGCCAAGGCACGGCUGGUUCGGGCUCAACAGCAGUUGUAGGCUUAGGCCAAUACGCUGCUGAAUCGGCCUCGGCAGCAGUUGCAGGGUCCGGCCAGGGUGCAGCUCGGUUGGCCUCCACUACAUGGGCGUGUCCAGAUGGUACAAGAAGGAAAAAGAAGACAAAGAAUGGAACCAAGCAUUGGGUAUGUGAUAAGGUGAAGGAUUGGCUGAUUGAAUAUGCAACUCUCGGGGCGAAGGCAUUGCAGAAGAAGAUUAAAGAACACCACAAGGUUGACCUCCACUACAAGAGAAUAUAUAUGGGUAAGAAGCUAGCUCUGAAAGAAUUGUGUGGUGAUUGGGAUAGCAGCUUUGACAAUUUGUAUAGGUUUAAAGCACAAGUUGAAACCACUUGCCUUGGUAGCAUAGUUCAGAUUGAUCAUUACACUAUAAAAGGAAAAAUCAGGUUUAGAAGGUUCUUCUUUGCUUUGAAACCUUGCAUAGACGGAUUCCUUGGUGGUUGCAGGCCAUAUUUGGCAGUAGAUAGCACAUUCUUAAUAGGCAGGCUCAAGGGGCAGCUGGCUAGUGCCACCGCUGUAGAUGGCCAUAAUUGGAUGUAUCCACUUUGUUUUGGAAUUUUUUAUUCCAAAACAAACAAGAAUUGGAUCUGGUUUAUGCAAUUGCUUAGGCAAGCCAUAGGAUCACCAAGGGGUUUAGCCAUAAGCACUGAUGCCAGGUAGGCGGUGAUGACAGGGGUGAAGGAAGUUUUCCCAAAAGUAGAACAUAGGAAAUGCAUGUUUCACUUGGUGUCAAACUUCAAGAAAAAGUAUCAUGGAAAGAUAUUUGAUGACCAUCUUUGGGCUGCUACUUACUCAUGGAACACAUAUAUAUUUGAGAAAAAUUGGGUUGCAAUGGAAACAGCAAAGCCAGCGGCAACUGCAUAUCUUAGGAAGUGGCACACUAGGUUGUGGACUAGGAGUCAGUUCUCAACCAUUUGUAAGGUGGACUAUGUAACCAACAACCUCGCAGAGUGCUUCAAUAA